AUGGCGGAUUCCGACAACGAUUCAGGCGGUCACAAGGACAGUGGAAGCGCGUCGACUCGUGAGCAGGAUAGAUUUCUCCCGAUUGCUAACGUGAGUCGAAUCAUGAAGAAAGCACUUCCGGCGAACGCUAAAAUCUCAAAGGACGCCAAGGAGACAGUCCAGGAGUGCGUAUCGGAAUUCAUAAGUUUCAUCACCGGCGAGGCCUCCGACAAGUGCCAAAGAGAGAAGAGGAAGACAAUCAACGGCGACGAUCUUCUCUGGGCGAUGACCACGCUAGGGUUUGAGGAUUACGUCGAGCCGUUGAAGAACUACCUGCAAAAGUACAGGGAGGUGGAAGGGGAGAAGACGACCACCGGCGGGAGACAGGGCGAUAGGGAAGGUGGCGGCGGAGGAAAUGGAAGCUCCGGCGGCGGAGGAGGAGGAGGGUACAAUAGCGGAGGAACUCCGACGGCGGGGGGAGGAAUGUACGGUGGGAUUGUGACGAUGGGGCAUCAUCAUCAGGGGCACGUGUACGGCGGAGGAGGGAUACAUCACAUUCAGCGGAGUGGGUCCGCACCUGGUGAUUAA